AUCCAACCUGUUAAGAUGCAUUGGUUUCAGUGGGAUAUCUACUGAGGGUGCAACCACCACAAUAAAAGUCAUUCCUAUAAAAACGCAGCUUUUUUAAAAACAGCAAGCAGAAUUGUAGCAUGUCUCUCCGAUGCAAAGAUUGUGAAGUGCAUUCAUGUGAUCAGCAAGAUUCUGAUGCGGUAACCGAAAGUGGGAGAAGCAGGGAGUAACUAAUAACUGGUUAGGCAAGGUCAACUUCUUCAGCACACUUACUAAUAACGUUGUGAUUGUCAGUAAACCUUACUACUAAACAAUGGUCAUUCGUGUCUGAAUACUCACGAUGUGUCUGACAAAUAUGACCAGGUUAACUGGUUGAUCUUGGCACUGACGAUCAGCAUUUCUAUUGUCGAUUACUCUAGUCUUGCACGGAGUUGGCAGGCUCGGGGGGGGAGUUGAGAGUGUAGAAGCUGCGCACCUCAUCUGGAGCGAUGUAGACAAGGCCAGAGUAGCCGAGCGCAGAGGCCUUUUUCCCCCAUUCCCCUUUUGUGUGUGUGUUUACAUUUUUUAUUUUUAAACGGAGGGGGAAAAGUAUUAAGCGCGUCCGAAGCGCGGGGCCGAGGUGGGAAUGAUGUACGCCUUCGUGAGGUUUCUGGAAGACGACCUGUGCUACGCCCUGCCGGUCUCCAGCGUGAAGGACUUCAGACCCGUGCACAAAGCGGAUUUCGACAACCAGAAGGUGUAUGUGGUGCACAGAUCCGAGGCCAGCGGCACAGGAACGGGCGGGCCCGGCAAGGCGCAGAUCCUCGCCCUGGCAGAAAAUAUAGAGGAGUUCGAACACAGUAUUAUGCAGAAGAAGAUGAAAAUUCCCAAGCUGUCCAAUAGAGACAUGGCUAACGCAGUGGAGAACCACUUUGGGGAGGAUCAGCUUCCGCUCCGACAUAAAAAGGUGCAGGACCAUGGGCGAGCCAGUGCCAACUCCUCCAAGAGCUUGGCGGCCGUGGUGGCCCGAUUAGAGCGCAACGCUGUGAGCUUGUGCGUGGAGGGCGAUGAGGACCUGGAGGAGGAGGACAGGCUGGGAGCAGAGGAGGAGGAGGAGGAGGAAGAGGAGGGGGACUUGAGUACCGAGGAGGCGGUGGUCCCACGGGUGCUUUACGAGGAACUGGUCCACAGCUACCGGCAGAGGGAGGAGGAGAUGCGGCACCUGCAGCAGGAGCUGGAGCGGACGCGGAGGCAGCUGGUGCAGCAGGCCAAGAAGCUGAAGGAGUACGGGAGCCUGCUGACGGAGGUGAAGGAGCUGCGUGACUUCAACAGGAGGCUGCAGGACGUCCUGCUCAUGCGGCUUGGCAGCGAGCCCAUGCAUGACAGUGGGACCCAGACAAUCAAGGCCGAAGUGAUGGAGCCCAUUGCUGAGCCCCCGGAGGUCUGCAGAGAAGAGGCCAACACCAGUUCCGGCCACUCCCAUUCGCCCUCCCCCAGGACGGUGUACACGUUCAAUGACGGAAAGGUACACCUGGGUGGAGGCAUUUGGGUGGAGGAGGAGAAAUGGCACCAGCUUCAGAGAACACAGGGUGAUUCCAAGUUCACCAAAAAUCUGGCUGUCAUGAUUUGGGGCACAGAGACCCUGAAGAACAGGAGUGUCACGGGUGUGGCUACCAAAAAGAAGAAGGACGCUCUGCCAAAGCCCCCGCUCUCCCCAAGCAAGCUUAAAAUCGUCAGAGAAUGUCUGUACGACCGAGUAUCGCAGGAAACCGCGGACAGUGCGGAGAUCACGCAGAGAUUGUCAAAAGUGAACAAAUACAUUUGUGAAAAGAUAAUGGAUAUCAACAAAUCCAUCAAGAACGAGGAGAAGCGCGAGUCCAAACUGCUCAUUAGACAAACGGUCAAGAUGGAAAAUUUCAACUAUGAUGGCAUGUAGUGAUUAAGGGUUGUUACCAUAGCUCAUCCUCCUCUUCUCGGACUGCCAAACAGGAAGAGGGUGGACAGGAUCAUCACCGCUGCCAUUUGAGAUUCUCACCGGAGCCCCAAUGAGGCCUUUGCAUCCCAAGCAAACCGGUGCCUGUUAGACAGCUUUACUACUCAGUUAACGUAUUCGGGAGUUAAAUGUGUUGUCGAGAGUCGCGAGACUGAGGUUUGGGGGGGUGUUUUCCAGGCCAGAGGAUUGGUGCGUUUGAAUCGGGCCGGAGGGAGGACGUGGUGGUCUUCUACAAGCCGUUCUGUGUCAGAACGUGACGUUUUUGUGCUAUAUAGCUACAGAGCAGGUGCACCUUCAGAAUAUGUUUUCUGAUUUUAGGAAGACUUUCUAAAAGCAUUAAUUUGGGCAAAUGCGGCGUUUGGAGUUUCGUAGGUUGCUACCUUUCACGUGCGAUCUGCGUCUCAGCCGUCUGUACUUUUCACAGGCCUGUCAAGGGACGUACUCUUUUUUUGAACAGGGUUGUAACUCUGCAUGUCUUAAUCAAUAGAGGCCACGCCUCUGUUUUUAGAUGCCCUAAAUGCCCUAGAGGUUGUCAUUUUUUGAGAAUCUUUAUUUGUGUUUGGAAGGGGAAGUCCCAGGUCUCCCUGUCCUAUCCCCUGAUAGGCUAGGAUACGUGGCCCUGCUUGCACAUGUCUGUUUACUGUUUGUGUUGUUUCUCUGUAAUCUUCUGACCAACCAUUAGCACUUGCUCUUGUAUUAUAUUGCAGAUCACCCUCUUCUUAGACCCCUUAAUGCUCCUGUAAGCUUUUGAGUUUGUUUGUGGAUUCUGGUUAGUGAUUAUCAAGCCUUUUUUUAGUCAGUCAUGAGCAGGAACAUUCAUGCAUAUGCAUAUCAUUUUUUUGAACUGUGAAUUUUACUACUUGAGGAGACAAAAAAAAAAAAACCUUGGAGUUUACUGUUAGAUCUGACUGUGAAAAUAGCUUUCUGUUGCUCAUCGGAGCCGUCGUGCUGAUUAGCAGUUUAAUUUUAGUGCGAUGCAGGUGAAAGCUUGGCCUUAUUCAUUUGGCAAUCAUGGGGGGGGGGGGCUUGUUCUGUCUUUAAACUAAACUGUGAUUGUAAAGUAAGCUGAAAUUGCUUGAACUGCACUUUGGCGUGUGAGCGUCCACUGUUGGCGUGCUCCAUGCUGAAAUGGACGUAAAGCUGUCGACAGUCGUCGGUCUAAGAUGCUGUGCUCCUCCCUGUGGGGCUGGGGGGGGAGGGUGGAGGGCAGAAAACCCACCCUCCCUGCUGUAACCCGCCUCUGUGGGGUGCCCCAUCCGGAAUGAAAUAAGGUAUAGUGACAACUUCCAACAAACAUGCCAUCAGAACUUAUUACGCUUCUGUUUUUUUCGUUUGUUCUUUCAUCUUCUGAGAAAGGUUUGUCCGGCUGUCUGCGGCAGUAACCUAAAUGCUGCAGAAUGGUUUCUCAACUGUGACCAUGUUUUUAACUGUGAUUGGCCUGCAGCUCUGCCAUUCCAGCAGGUGUUUUUUUUCCUGUUUGUCUGUCUAGGGGUUUCUUUCCUUUUUGUUAUGUUUUGGUUUUUAUUUAUGGAUAACUUCCCAGCCCCCAAGAUGAUUUACUCUUUGUAAAUUGAUUUUAUUUUCCCUUCUCACGAAACAUGGAAAUCCUGGAUAUUAGUCUAGGUUGCACCUUACCUUGCUGAGUAUAAUUGGUAAUGUUGUAAUUUCACCUUUUACCAGACUGGUUAGUCUCUCGUUCAUUUUAACUGUUGGCUUUAAGCUUGAUGUUCUAUUUUUUAUAAACACAAAUAUAGAUUGUAUGUAUAUAUGUGGAGAUGA